CAGAAAGAACAGUCAAAAUGCAGGCAGGGCACAGGACAAAGCACUCGGGACAAAAUUGACUGUAACUUUUUGUCAUUUUCAAAUUUCCCGCCAGCUCCGUUCCCGUACGUCCCGGCGUCGCAGGGGAUGGAACCCAGAAGAAGACAGAUGCCGGCAUCAGCCAGAGGACAUUACAGGGGACACUGCAGGAGGGACAUCGCAGGAUGGAGCACAAGACAAGGUAAGAGAAGAACAGAUCCCGGAGCAGCGCCGCAUGGUAUUCCUGAGUGUAGCUCGGGGUUACCGCUUGUGGUACUGAAA